UAUCUUCUCCUCCUCUUCUUCCUUUCUCACUCUGUUUUUCUCUCUAACCAGUAGACUCAUCAGCACUAAAGAUAAUAAAAAUGCGAAACCCUAAUUUCUGGAGUUGCUGAUUUUUUUUUAUCAUCUUUCAAACAAAGUUGGGCCUCUUUAAUUACUCCAAUGGCUUCAAUUUCAAGUGUUUGUUUGACGAAGCCAAUUCUUCCUCAAUUACAAAAUUCGUCAUUGAAUUCUUCAAAAUUGAGUUCUAGACUUAUUUACCACAACAAUGGGUAUCCGAAAUUGAAGCGAAAGAAGAGAUUUACUGGUCCAUAUGCAUACUGUUCGACUUCCUCAACAUCGUAUAUGGGCGGAAUGGGACAAGAAGAUUCAUCGUCAGUUGGGAGAAGAAAGUCUGUAUCUUUGAAUGUUACAGAUGAUGAAGAAGAAGAUCAAGUUGAAGAAAAGAAAGAUUCUUCUCAGAUUUUAUCAGCAAUGCUUCCUUUUAUUGUUGCUGGUACCGCUGUUUUUGCUCUUGUUCAUCCUCCUACUUUCACAUGGGUAUCAAAAGAGUAUUACGCCCCAGCCCUUGGUGGAAUCAUGUUGUCAAUUGGAAUUAAACUAUCUAUCGAUGAUUUCGCUCUUGCACUCAAGAGACCUUUACCUUUAUCUGUUGGAUUUAUGGCGCAAUAUUUGCUGAAACCGGUCGCGGGUAUACUGAUUGCAAGUGCAUGUGGAGUGCCCCCAAUGUUCUAUUCUGGUUUCAUCCUUACCUGUUGUGUCGCUGGAGCUCAGCUUUCGAGUUAUGCAAGCUUUUUGAGCAAAGGAGAUGUGGCGUUGAGCAUUCUUUUGACGAGCUCAACUACUAUAGCUUCUGUCAUUGUUACUCCUCUCCUUACUGGAUUGCUUAUUGGGUCUGUCGUUCCAGUUGAUCCAAUCGCAAUGUCCAAGUCUAUAUUGCAGGUUGUGCUUGUUCCAAUCACUCUUGGGCUUGUGCUUAACACUUAUGCAAAAUCAGUUGUUAAAGUAAUUCGUCCAGUGAUGCCUUUUGUUGCCAUGAUUUGUACUUCACUGUGUAUAGGAAGCCCUCUGGCAAUAAACCGAACUCAGAUCUUGUCGACGCAGGGUCUCCAAUUGAUUCUACCCAUACUGAUUUUCCAUUCAGUUGCUUUUACAGUUGGAUACUGGGUAGCAAAAGUUCCAUUAUUCAGGCAAGAUGAGGGAGUUUGUCGAACAAUAUCAUUGUGUACUGGAAUGCAAAGCUCAACUCUUGCAGGUCUUCUCGCUUCACAGUUCUUAGGUAGCAGCCAUGCUGUCCCUCCUGCAUGCUCGGUCGUAACCAUGGCAAUUAUGGGUCUCUGUCUUGCUUCUUUCUGGGGAAAUGAUUACAGAAUUAGAGACCUUCCACGGUUUUUCCUCCCACAAACUGGUUCCACUGUUGAAGGCUUAACGAACUAAGUAUCAAACUCCUUUGUUAACUCACUUCAUUGAAGAUCAUCAUUGAUACCUUGCUAUGCUUUGCACUGAUGAAAUCAAUACCUAAAUAGACAUGCAUCUUCUUCAUCCAUCUGAUGGAUGCGACCAGAAAGGAUCCAACCAUGAACGAUAUCUAUCAUCUUCAACAGAAGGCGAAGUAGAAGAAUGACAUCAUACAUGAUACUUGUGGUAAGAUUAUAGGAUACAUAAAUGGGAAAUAGGAUGGGGAUACAUUUAGGUUUGGAUACAUGGUCACUAGUGGUAAAAAAUUUACGUAGUUUCUUAACCUUUUUAUUCAUAGUCAUAUCAUAGAUGUAGCUAACAGGUUUGGUAUUCAGUUGUAGCUCUAAUUUCUGUACCUCAAUAAGAGUGUCUCUUUUCAUAUUCUUACCCUUUUGUUUGUUGUUACACUUCUUCGGCUUUUUAGCAUUGCGACACCUUGAACAAAAUCA